AUAUAAUAAACAAAAACUUUCGAAUGUAUGCUGCAUUUGGCUCCUUUCUGAAAUUUGCAUAAAAAAUACUAAUGAAUAAACAGUAUUAUUGUAUUACGUUCUAGUUCGCGGUUUGCUAUGCAGAAUGACCGACGGAUAAAAAUAGCCAAUUCAGCUGUUCGCUAGUGAAAACCCAAAAAAUGGAUUCUCCCGUACCCUCGACGAUGGAUUUUUCCACAUUCGUCCUGGAACUGAACCAAAGCCCUCUAGUUGAUUUUGCAAAAAAUGGUAACAACAGCAACCGUAACUGCUGUCUAUCGGAUUCACGAUUGUCGCAAGAGUUUGAAGGUACGAUGCAAAUGUUGAUGUCCAAUUAUGAUUUAGAUGAAGAGAAUAACGUUGGGAUGUUAGCUAUCCCUGUGUUGAACAAUGAUUGCUUUGAACCAGAUCGUGAGGAAUCGGGAUGCGUACUGAACGACAGUGCCUUUUCAAUAGAUAGAGAAUCGCACGAGUCAUUGGAAACUACACUGGACAAUGAUGAUGAUCCGUUAGAACUGACGGGAGAGGAGUUCGACGAUAGUGGCGAUGCCGCCGACGGCGGUAGUUCCGAUGAGCAACAGCACUCAAGAUCUUUGUCCUUAUCGUACUCACUGUCGAUCUCACAUGCUCAAGAGAAUUUUUCGCAAUACUCGCAAAGUACCGACAAAGGACUUUCGAAACGAUACGAUUCGCCUUGUUCGUACGAGGAUGAUCGUGAAUCAGAAUGCACCAAUUUUGAUAAGCUUGACGACUGGAAUGACAUUAUCAACGACAUGCAAAACAAUAACAACAACGCAGAUGGCACCACUCGAGAUUUCAGGGAGUAUUUAGCGAGCAAGGGACAGACCGUAAACCCUACUGGAAAAGCUGGAAGCGGAGAGGAAAGGACGAUUGAGGAAAACGACACCAAAGAGUUGAGCAGUGGCAGCGGAUAUGAAGAUACAGGUCAUACAAUUAUGACAAUUGAUAGACCACAUGAUCCUCGGCCGGAUACGCCAGCCAUUGUACAGCAAACCACAGUGACGGAAAAAUGUCGCACCUUCCUGGAGUAUCGCAAUCCAACUUCCGAAAUUGAGGAUGAACUAAUGGCAUCAGAUGAAAACUGGGACACAAUGAUCAGCCAUCAAAAUUCGCUCAAACGUAAGUUCUGCUACGAAGACUGCGAUGAUUAUGAAUACGAAGUGACAGAACUGAUUACGGAGAAGUUUCGCAAGACGGACAUUGUACCGGAUCAUGGAAGUCACGAACCGAUUUCGUUGAUAGACGAGCAGCAGUUCAAUCAGUUAACGCAGGUGGAAUCUCCCAGUAAGACGCCGAUCCCAGGAGGCCAUUCACCUGAUUUAAGAAAUGAUCUUCCCACCCAAAAUAUCGAACGGAGUGAUCUGGUAGUACUGGAUGGAGAGGAGGAUUGUGCUGUAGCGACUACACCUACUAAUUCCAGUGUUAGGCAAGAGGCAUUUCAUGUACUAACUGAUGAUAUGAAGCUUGGCCGUAGUACGUUGAUUGCACGAAAACCUAAUCUAAAAAUCGAAAACCGACGUUCUGUGAAUGGAAUCUCGACACAUGAAGGGACAUGCCGAGCACGAGUUGAUUCAAGACCUUUGACUUCCUCUACUGCUCAUCGUAGAUCGAAUCUUAACCUAAGUCUGACACCAAACAAAAACGCUCAUGACGAUUCACAUUAUUAAUCGUUUGAUCUUGUCCUUGUUAUUUAUUUAUUGAUACUAGUAUUUUAUUUAAACUUAAUUUGACACAACUAAACUGCCAUUAUCCGUAUAUCUGUAUCAUAUUCUAUAGAUUUUUCUAUAUACAUAUGACAGUUAUAACGGCAGCGAACGUUUUAAGCAAUUUUAGGAAAAAUUUCCGUUCGAAAUAUCUGUAGUUUAAAUUGGUACAGCUUACCUCUAUCGGUAAAUUUACAGCUCUAGUCCCAAAAUUUAGUUCUACUGAUGCAAUCAGUAUUUUUAAGCAAAAAAACGAGUAGCACGCUAAAUUUUCCCCACGAAGGAGGAUAUCAAGUUUCUGUAACUGCUCAGUCAAUACGAAGGAAUAGUAAGAUUUAGUUAACUAUUUUAAUAAUCCAACAAAACUGUUUUGAAUUAGUAAAUGACUAAUGGACUAAAAACCAAAAACAAAAAUAGAAGUAUGAAGUUGUGCGUUAAAAUAUGUGAGAUACUAAAUUUGCAAUUAAUCUUAGGAAACCAUUACCUGUGACUAUUUUACCUGACAGACAAGAGUCCAAACAAAAGUAGUGCAACAGGUUGAAAACCUUUCAUCAGAAAUCAAACAGAACUCUUAAGACUCAUCAAAACUGCGAAGACUUAGUAAAAAUAUUUUAGAACUGCUA